AUGGAAACAAAGGAGAGGAAAAUAUUGUGCUUCCAACAUUGUGAAAGAACAAAUAUUUUAUGCUUUGACUUGCCAGAAGUGUGUAAUAUUUGUGGGGAAAACAUUGAGGACACUGGCUUAAGAAUCCCACCGUAUAGAAUAAAGUCUCCAUUUUCAACCGCAGCAGACAAUGGGUGUAGUAUAGUAAUAAAGCCAACCGUUGGUACAUUCUUAAAUGACUACACAAAAUCAGCGAAUUUACAUAUUGGAAUCACAACUUCUACUGGUGCUGUGUAUGAUUUUGAUGAAAAUGGCUUGAA